AUGCCAUCGGGGCCCUUGUCGCGCGCAUGGGGUCCAAGUCCCGCGUGCGGAUGGCGUCGAAGAGGAGGACCACCACCCGGAAGCAGGCGAACGAGGACCGAAAUGCUGUCCCUCUUCGGUGCCCUCGCGGAGCGGCAGGCGGGCGCCGGUUCCGAGGACGACCCGCUGUCGCAGCUGGUGGGCAUCAUCAGGCAGCACGCCAAGCCGACGCGCGAGGAUUGGAACGAGAGGCUGUCGGACCCGACGCUGACCGUCUGCGUCCGGGCGCUCGCGCGCACGAUCACGGGCGAUUGGGAGGCGUGCCGCAGGGUCGUGCGACUGGGCCUCAUCGGCUUUGUCCGGCGCAUCUUCCUUUCGGACAGGGCCGAGCGGGACACGAGCCCGAUGUGCGGUACCGAGUACCCGGCGCUCCAGUUGGCCUUGGCAGACUUGCUCGCAGAAGUGAUGCUGUCGGGCGCCGGAGAGGCCAUGAGGAGGCACCAGAAGCUGGGGCUCGGCGGCGGGCGAAUCAACGUGGGCUGGUCCAUGAGCUCGUCCGCCGGCUUCGCCGACAGGCCCACCUCGCGGGAGGACCAGCCGGAGGUACUGACCCAGAUCAGCAGGAACGUCGUGCAGAGCACGCUCAUCGGCGAGGCUGCCCUGGCGUCCGAGGCGCUCGUGGAGUCCGUGGCGGCGGCCCAGGCCAGGUACGACCACGCCCUCGUGUGGGCGGUGCUCUCGGCCCUGCGCCGCGCCGCCGAGCAGCCCAUGUGCUGCCAUCCGGGGGCACCUCCUGCUCUGCGGCCUGCAGCCCGCGCUGCACCGCCUGCGCGCCCUCUACGAGGCCUGCGGCGAGCGGCUCCCGCGCCCGGCCGAGCGGCCGCGGCCGCGGCCGCCCCCGGCGAUCUCGCCCGAGCCGCCGGACUUCCCCCGGCCGGUGGCCCCCGCGCUGGAGCGGUACACCGAGACCGUCAAGGGCAGGUGGCUGGCCUCGUCCGCCUCGCUGCCGGAGCUCCGGGGGCUCAGCGGGCAGGGGCGCGGCCAGGCCGCGGAGCCCGCGGAGGCCUCGGCGGAGGCCUCGGCGGUCGGUUCCCCGAUGUGGCUUGCCUGCGAGGUUGGCGACAGACGCCCUCUACCGCGAGUGCAGCAGAAGCUUCUUCCUGCUGA